UAUCUCUUCGACUCCGGUGCUCGUAAAUCACCCUUUCUACGUGUGUGUGUGUCUAUAUUCACCGGAAUACAUUUUAGUUGUGCAUUGGUUUUUCCCAUCGCACUGAAAAUUUUGGAUUGUUUGGUCAGACAGGAUGGUGUCGUUAAGGCCCAAUGAAAGGGCAGAGCCGCGGAGGGCCGCCGGAACAAGUAAAAAGUCUGGUGGGCGCUGAGGACAACAUGGUGGAGAUCGAAAAAAUUAAACGCUAGCUGAAGAAGCGUCGUGAUGGGCUUCAAGGGCAACUCUUUUCUACCUCCAUCCCCCACGUCCACCUUCGACAAGCAGUCCAUUACAAUCUUGCCAACAAGUCCAAGUUGUGAUCAAUUUCUUAGUGCCACAGGAGAUGCCUCUGCCUAUUCGCUUCUCUAAGAACUGAAGGUACAAGUGGCCAAGUGGGUUUAGGUUUCGCUGGUGAAAUGGAGCUUGCCAUUUGUGAACAAGUGGAGCGAGUUGAUCCGGAGGUGGACCAUCCCAAUCCUAAAAGAGGGGAACAAGCAUGCCGCCAAUCUUAUCGCUGAUAGUUCCCCUUUCCUGAUGGCCCAUUACAUAGGUGAGGAUGGGAUGUCCUUAUCUCCCAGGCCGGCUAUGCUUGAUCUUUAGUUCAUAUUUCUUUAAUUAUAUUCUUUUGUUGUUGGUGCUGACCAUAAUGAUUUCUUCUAGACGGUGAGAAGAUGACGUCCCAAUUGGAGAGGCUCAGUGUAAAGGCUGGCAUUACCCCGAUUCAGGAGGGUACAUAUAAGGGAAAUGUCUGAAAGCUCUACCACGGAGAAACCAAGUGGGACCGCCGGUUGCGGACCAUCGACCUCUCACUACCAGGGCUGAUAAGAGACCAUCAUCCCAGUCCAUUCCCGUGCCCAAACCGAAGGAGAUGAGAUCGAGUUGCUGCUGAUGAGAAAGGCCUUUCCUGCUCGUUCAUCGACCUUGACUCCGAUUCCGAGCUUCAGCCAAAUGAAGGUGAAGCUCAAGACCAUGCCCCGACACCCUAUAAUUUUGUUCUCGUUAUUAUGCGCUCCUCUAUCGCGUCUCUGCUUCACGGAAGCGUGAACUCUGUUGUCCUUACCAUUGCUAUUACCCCACUGCACGGUCAGCGCUGCGACGGGCUAUCCAUGCCAUCUCUAAGUUUUUUAUCCUUUCUGGCGCAAGUUCCAUCCACCUUGAAGAGAAAAAAAAGGAGGUCCGAGAGAUGGCCAUCAGUCACCACCGAUCUAGAGGCGAGGCUAGGGGUGGUGGAGACUGCGAGGGUCAACACUGUGAAUGAAGCUGGAGGAGCUGGAGGUCGCUCACAUGGCGUGGAGGACUCAUGAAGGCUGAAGGGGGAGGAUCUGAAGAAGGUUACAGAGGCUGGCUCCCAAGCUCUCCAUGCCUAUUUGGGUGGGAAGCUAAGGGAGCUGGUCUCCCGACGAGAUUGCUCAGGCAUGGCUCCUGAUCCCAGAGGGGGAGGCCAGACUUAAUGGGGAGGGGGCUCUAUGUUUUGAGGUGGGUGGGUUUGAGAUGCAACAAUCUAUCUACAAACUGCUCAGAGCAUCUCCAAUGAUAAAAUGUGCAUGGUGCACACGUGGCAUGAGAAAUGACCACAUAAAUAUUAGUAAAUAAAUUCUUUCUCUCCUUAUUUGAAUGAUUUUAUACAGUUUUGGUAAGUUUUUCUCCACAAUGUCAAGGAGACCGUCUAGAUGUUGACAUUGUUAUUGACAUUGCAGGGAAAAACUUACCAAAAUUGUAUAAAAUCAUUCAAAUAAGGAGAGAGAUAAUUUAUAUGCAAAUAUUUAUGUGGCUAUCACUCAUGCCACAUGUGCACCAUGCACAUUAUAGCAUUGGAGAUGCUCUCAAGAAAAAGGACCCAGGAUAAACUCAGGUAUAUCUAGAGAAAUCAUCUAUAAAGGACACAUACCUUCAUGAGGAGUCAUGUGCGCGGAAGCCCCAGAAUCAGGAUACCAGACCGAAUCAUGCGUCUCACCGGUGGGAAGAGUCGCGAGCGCCAGAGUAUUAUGAGCAGUGAAACGAGCACAGGUAAUAACAGAGUGACCUGGAGAGAAGCAAAGCUGACAGACAACUGGUGGAGCAUGUGAUGGAUAUGAAUUCUCAACAGAUGGAAAACAUGUAUUAACAUUAUGAGUACCAAAAGUAGGAAAGUGAUGAGUAAAAACAUAACCAGAACUGUGACACCGCACCCGAGCGUCCUUGAAAUUUAAAUUUAAAUGCAAAGCUAAUGCAUUGAAUUUCCAUUUACCGAACAAUUGUAAGGCAAUUGUUGUUUUAUGUAACACAUGUUUGAUCAUU